UGAUGUUACAUGGCUACUUGUUCAAAUGCUCUUUCCAGGUGAACCUCGGUUAAGUGGCUCAUCGGAACCAGUAGUAGGAUUCGUUGAUGAUGAUGUCAUCCUGCCCUGUAGACUGCAACCUGCAGAGAGUGUUGCUGAGAAGACAGUUGAGUGGACAAGAUCUGACCUUGAUCCCGAAUUUAUUCAUAUUUUCCGUGAAGGGCAGGAGUUAUAUGACCAACAAAACUCAAACUUUCGACAAAGGACAAGUCUGUUCCUGCACAAACUGAGGAAUGGCAACAUGUCAUUAAAACUGAGUCGUCUAAAACCCUCUGAUGAAGGAAAUUACACAUGCAAAUUGCUUAACAGGGAGAGGGCGGGGGAGGAACUUUUGAUCCAAGUUAGUGUUGUCGUAGGUGCUGUUUCUGAGCCAAUGAUCUCCGCCGUGUUCGUUGAAGGCACUAAAGGAGAGCUCAAGUGUGAAGCUAAGAAGUGGUAUCCAAAGCCUGAGAUGGAGUGGAGGGACGGGAUGGCACGUAUCAUCUCUCGUGACUCCAACAGUACAGAGCACGAUGGAUACUACUCUGUCUACAGCACAAUCACUGUUGAGAUGACGCCUAAAGGCAUCUACACCUGUACAGUUCGACAACAGAACAUCCACCAAUCUAAGGAGACAAAUUAUACUAUUCCUGGCAAGUCUUCUUCAGUGUAUUUCAUGAUAAAACACUACCACAGCUUAACGCUGAAUCCCCUCAUCUUAAUGCUAACAGCGUGCUAACAUGCUACAGUAUCAGAAGCAUAGAAACAAGCCACUACCUGUUAACAAACUUCUAUUAACUCUUGGAUUGUCAGUAUGGGAAUAUUAGCAAGAUAAUGUCCUCACAGGGCUGCUUCUGUGGCUGUAGACUUUAAAAUCUUGUUUAAAGCAGACAUAACAUAUAAUGUUAUGUUAUGAUAUCAGAUGUUAAAUAUGGUCGAAGUACCAAAACUUGAGAUGCACGUAUGUAGAAAUGUCACCUUCGAGUCAAAAGUCAGGGCUUUAAUCUGCUCUGAACAAUGUGUUUGUAAGGUUGCCUUACUUCCUCCUUGUGAUGAGGUCAGAGUGUUCACACAUGCCCAUAAACA